GUCGGGUGACGCUGGAUUUUUGCUUACCGACUGGAGAAGCUUAAAGAGACAACAGCAAAACCCAGCGAGGGAGAAGGAUAUGAAAUCGCGUUUAUAUUUAUAAACAAGGGAAUAUGUCGAAGCUUGCAUCUUAAUAUAAUACAACAGAUAUCCACUGGAACAAGGCCCUUUUGCUCCCCACUCCGAAUCACCGUUUGCUGUUAGGAAAGAAUGCCUAAGAAUGUUACCAAAGAAUGACUUGGAAGUAGCAAUGAGGGGCUCAAGAGGAAGUAGCCAGUCGGCGUUGUGGAUCCAGUAGCUGAGAGCUCUGUGCAUGAGCGAGAGUGUGUGUGUGUGUGCGCGCGCACGUGCACCUAUGUGAGUGUGUGUAUGCUUGUGUGAGUGUGCAUGCCAGCACCGCCUGCCAUCUUCAGGCAUCGACAUGCGACUCUGAAACUCGGGUUGGACCCUCCUUCGUCAAAAAAACCAAGAGUGGAGUCCUCCAUUCAAGACCACAAACCACGACUCGACACAUCCUGGAUUGACGUCAACUCACAAGAAACAAACCUUCGUACAUACACUUAUUGUGUGUGUGUGUAUAUACAUCUAUUCCUAUAUACAACAAAAGAAAAUAUCCCCCCUUCCCUCUGUUGUUGUGUGGCCUCCCUCCCUUACACUUUCCCUGGUAGUUGUUUCGACGCCUUUCUGAUUUGCAUGGCAGGGGUGUAACCGUGGAGAGGCCAGGGUAUCACAAGCUUAUGGAUUUUGAUAAGAGGGGAGGGAAGGCGGAGGCAGAGGAAGGGAAAAGGAUGUCAAAGGCGGCUGGCAGGCCUGGACAUGGCGGCCGGAGCACAGGGACCAAUUCGGGGGUUCUCAUGGUUGGCCCCAACUUUCGCGUGGGGAAGAAGAUCGGCUGCGGCAACUUCGGCGAGCUGCGACUGGGGAAGAACCUCUACACCAAUGAAUAUGUGGCCAUCAAAUUGGAGCCCAUUAAGUCCAGAGCGCCACAGCUUCACUUGGAAUAUAGAUUUUAUAAACAGUUGGGAAAUUCAGAGGGCAUUCCUCAGGUGUACUACUUCGGCCCAUGUGGGAAGUACAACGCCAUGGUGCUGGAGCUGUUAGGGCCCAGCCUGGAGGACCUGUUUGACCUCUGCGACCGCACCUUCUCCCUCAAGACCGUCCUCAUGAUCGCCAUACAGCUGAUAACGCGGAUGGAGUAUGUCCACACCAAGAGCCUGAUCUACCGUGACGUCAAGCCCGAGAACUUCCUGGUGGGGCGGCCGGGCAGCAAGCGGCAACACACCAUCCACAUAAUCGACUUCGGGCUGGCCAAAGAAUACAUCGACCCCGAGACCAAAAAACACAUCCCGUACCGGGAGCACAAGAGCCUGACGGGCACGGCGCGAUACAUGAGCAUCAACACCCACCUGGGCAAAGAGCAAAGCAGAAGGGAUGACCUGGAGGCUCUGGGGCACAUGUUCAUGUACUUCCUACGGGGCAGUCUGCCCUGGCAAGGCCUCAAGGCGGACACUCUGAAAGAGCGCUACCAGAAGAUUGGAGACACCAAGCGAGCCACUCCGAUCGAAGUGCUCUGUGAAAGUUUUCCAGAAGAGAUGGCCACCUACUUGCGCUAUGUGCGGCGGCUCGACUUCUUUGAGAAACCGGACUACGAUUACUUGCGGAAGCUCUUCACUGAUCUGUUUGACAGAAAUGGCUAUGUCUUUGAUUACGAAUAUGACUGGGUCGGCAAGCCACUCCCCACACCCAUCGGCCCCAUCCCGAGUGACACGCCCCAGCCAAGCAGCAGGGACAAAGCACAACAGCAGACCAAAAACCAGUCGCCUGAGCCCAGAGGAAGUGAGUCUCAGCCCACUCCAGUGACCAAUAAGGAGACGCUAGGGUCACAUCUCACAGCUGAUAGGCUGGGCGGCUCUGUCCAGGUGAUGAGCUCGACAAACGGAGAGCUGAAUACUGACGACCCGACCGCAGGACACUCCAACGCCCCCAUCACCGCACCCACCGAGGUGGAAGUGGCCGACGAUACAAAGUGCUGUUGUUUCUUCAAAAGGAGAAAGAGGAAAGCGCUCAAUCGACACAAGUGAAAAGAAGGCCUCGUCGGGCGAGAACUUGAAAACAUUCUGGUCACUGUCAAGUUUUAAAUGGAAGCAAAAUACACAGAUCACCCCAUUUCUCUUUUUCUUUUUUUUCACCCCCUUCUCUCUCUCUCCAGUACACUCCCUGCUCCUUUAUCCCCCAAAACCUCUCCUACCCCUCCUUUUUUUUUUUGUUGCUCUUCUCACGUUAAAGCUCCGCACUAUUGGAGCGUGAAGGAAAGUUGUUGUUGGAUGGGCAAACACAACAGACUUUUUAUUCCUUUACAAAUGAGAAAAAUAAAGACCGAAACAUAAAUACAUGUGUUUAAAAAAAGGGGAGGGGGGUUGAAAUGUGUUAAAAUAAAAAGAAAAGAAUACAAAAAAAAACCCAUUAACUACAAUACACACAACCACCGUGGCGUGAAUAUAAAAAAAGAUACUGUUUGAAACAGUUGUUGUAUUCUAGAUUCCAUGCUGAACAUUUACUGUUGGGCUGUCAUUGAUAUGGACAAGAACAUGAAAGGAGAGAGAUGCGUGAGAAUUGAAUUACUUGUUAGAAAUAUUCCUUAUUUGUGGGAACUCUGGGAGGCAAGAAAGAACUACUCUAAUGAUAAAGAAUCAAGAAGGCAACAGGAUACUGUUCAUCUCAGCCUCAAUUGGAAGAUUUUAUUUUUUUGUUUUUUGUUUUUUAAUUUCUCUUUUUUUUUCUUUUGUAAAUGUAAUCUGAAGUUUGGUUUCAAAUGUUGUCUCCUUUGGUUGCAAACAAAAACUUUUACCUUAAUGUUGUAGUGCUCUGGAAUUCAUUUUUUUUUUCUUUUGCUUUCUUUUUUUUGUUAAUUUUUUCCAUUCUUUUUUCUGUCAAUGUGGACUUUGUAGCACAGUCACUGGCCUCAGGUACUGUGGAAGAUGGGGAGAGCCUCAGAUAUACAUCUCCCCUCUCGUUGCACUUUUGGGGAAAAAAAGACAAAAUAACAGUGGAAUUCUGGGUUUGAAAAAUUAACAAACAGGAAACCAACUAAAUAAAGACUGAUUUAGGAAGAUUCCUACACGAGGCUGAUAUCUGUACAAGGGCAGAGAUGUUAAUUUAGAAGGAAACAAAAAAAAUGUCUUUUCAGUUUUAUGUCUCACUUCAGAAUAAUUUACCAGGAAAUCAUAGUUUGUGCCUUUCCAAGUAAAAUGUUUAAAGCUCAACGCAAGUGUCUUGCAAUGACAUUUCAUCUGAUUUGACUCUGGUUGUGAUGUGAAGGCUUUAAGAGCUUUCUGUGUGUGAGUGUGCGUGUGCAGUUGUCCUUGCUCCCUGUGUGUGUAAGCGAAUGCCUACACCCUUGUAUAUACCGAAUACAUGGAUCCUUCAAGAGGCUACCCUCUGCUUCCUAUUCUAUGCCAUGGCCUGACUCUCCUAUGCUCUGACAAUCAAAUAUAUAUGUACAUAUAUAUAUAUUCAGCGGUUAAGCCUGGAAUGCAGUCUUUGAAAAUAAAUAGGUCUGGGGAGCUAGCUGCAGUAAUUGGGGGUCAUUUGUAAUACUAGUUUUCUAUAUCUUUUCAGAAUCUUUAAAUUUAGGUUCUCUUUGAGGACCAGAAUUUAAAUAGAUAGCAGGUAUAAGAGAGUAUUUGCAAGGUCUUAAAAUGUGUAUGUAAAUAUGCUUGCCAAUGACUGAAGUUGCUGCGUGUCAUCAUGUAUUGGAUUUGCUUCUUGCUCAAAUCUGGACUCGGAUUAUGCUUCCAGCAUUUGUGCGGGACUGUGCACAUCUUGAUCACUGUAAAAAAAAAUGCUUUUCUUGGUCUAAUCUGAGGUGUUUGUGGAAAACUGUUCUUUGGUCCUUUGUCCUGGGUUCAAAGAUUUUGCACUGUACAGUCGUUAAGAUUUCUGUAGGCUCCUAAUGACUGACUUCACAAGGGGCCAUAAAGUUUAAGUCAGUUCACAAUGGCUAAUGAUUUGGUGAAGGUGAAGGUGAAUCUUUUCACGUUGGCCUCACAAACACCUUCACUCUGUUUUCCACAAUCCAUCACGUUAUUGGCUGUGGAAAAGAGAACAAGCUAUGAAAUGAAAUUUGAUUACCACAAA